GGUUGAGUUACUUGAAUAGUAGUUGCAGUAGAUACAACACGUUUCGAUCGCUUGUAGAACGAGCAUCGCAGUUAAAUGUAAUUGCUUAUUUAAAUUUUAAAAUACUUUUGAAAAUAAAAUCUCGGACUUAAAACUUGUACGGUUACAAUAUUUUUCUACUCACAACUCACAAGAUGCGAACCGCAAGAGAACUUACAAACAUGGGUAACAUGUUUGUGGGCAGACGUUCAAAAAAACGUUUUUGGAACCAUUUAUUUACUAAUGGACUAUGGCUGGCAAUAGUGAUUAUGUCGACGAUGACGGGCAGUGGUAUGACAGCAGCGGCCGGAUCGACUUCGACGACCGUACCUGAACAAACCACUGUCACUAUGCGGCCGAACGUGACCGCGGAUUGCGUGGCUCGAGACACGUGCACAAAAUGCACAGCCGCGGCCCCCGAUUGCAGCUGGUCGCUGGUGCGACAGUCAUGCAAUGACACGGCAGCGACGGAAAAACAACUGAUCGAAGACUCGGGCGACGACGGUCACCACCACCCACCGACUAAGGCGGUGCGCGAAGUCGGGUGGUGUCCGCGGUUCACGGUCAACUACCAGAAACAGACCAACUUGACCACGACGAACCGCAACGUGACCGUGAAGGUGUCUAACGACCCGACUGGCACGUUCAAAGUACUGCUCGAACGGGGAGGGGUAUAUUGCCACCUAAACGAGAUGAAGUACCCUGGCAAGGUGGAAAGUGGCGGGCGGCAGAUAGCGUGCGAGUCCAACUACUUGGAGUCCGUGAAUUCGUCGCUGUCAUCGAUGGUUUACUUCGCGAUCUCCAUGAACGGCGUCCCGUUGGCGUUCGACGACAAGAGUGACCACUACUUAGACUUCACGGUGCCCCGGAACGCGUGUGUCACCGACAACCACCUGGGGCCAAGUGACGAGUGCAAGGUGUGUCUUUGGGACGACAACGUGUACCGGUACUACUGCCAGUGGUGUCCCAAGAGCAACCCGUGUACCGGAUCGUACCAGCAAUGCGACGUCCGCCGGCUGGACGACCCUGGUCACGUAGUACCGAUGCAAGACGUUCUGAUCCAAUGUCCAGAGGUCCGGAUCGAGUCCAUCUCCCCACUGUACGGGUCGUGGGCCGGAGGAACGGAAAUACGAAUCGUCAUCAGCAAUCACCGGACGCUGGCCGAGAAUAAGGUGACCGUGAUCAAGGUGGCCGAUAGCCGAUGCCUGCUGCCCACCGUGUCCAUGGACGGUACGGCCGUCACGUGCACCAUUUCUCCGACCAACACGAGUGCACUGAACCAGGGCCCGGUGGAGGUGACGUAUAGGUCGGAGGAGAACAAGUUGCUACCCACGUUCACGCUCCGGUCCAACCAGAGUUUCUACUUCGUUGAGCCGGUAAUAACGAGCGUGUGGCCGUUGUGCGGCCCGACCACCGGUGGCACUAAGAUCACGAUCCGUGGCCGAUUCAUGGAUGCCGGCAACACUGUUCGUGUGUACAUUCGAGAAAACAUCACGUGCGCGGUGCAGUCACGGACCACAAACGAGGUGAUGUGCAUAACAGGUGCCAGCAACAGCACGGACACUAGUGCGGUCCGUAUCGAGUUCGACCACUACCUGAACAAGUACGUGCACGAUCCUCCAUUCGUAUACACGUCCACGCCGGCUUUGGACGGUGGCCAGACGUUCAGGGGCAUAGCGUCCGGUGGAACAAGGCUUCCAGUACUUGGCCAGAACUUUGCAUGCAUCCGUAACCCACUGGUGCACGUGUCAUACAAUGGAAUUCAGUACACGGGUGGGUGCGUGGUGGAAAAUAAUACGUACUUGCUGUGUACGGCGCCGACCAUCAACCGGCCCGCACCGCACCAGGUGACCGCGCUGAAGUUCGGGUUCCAGGCCGACUAUAACAACAGCAUCAUCAAAAUGGUGCCGCCGACCGGCACGCCCGACUACACGCUGUACCCGGACCCGGUGUACACGGACUUUGACACGGAUGGACGCACUGUUAACGUCUACGGCCUGAACAUGGACCAAGGUUACGACCACGAUGCUGACCUGACAGUCCUGUUCCACAACACAGGCGUACCGUGCAACGUCACGUCCGUGGAACAAGAUCGCAUCGUGUGCCGGCCGCCCAAACGGCUGUCGUUCAAGGACCACGGCGGUCGUUCAAGCGAAGACCAAAUGAUCGAUGACUACGAAGACGACGAAGACGAAUUGCCGGCGGUCCUGGUCAACGACGAGAUCAUCGUCACCGUUGGCAACCUGGUGUACGAGGUCAAGAGGAAGCCGCAGACGCGCCGGUACAGCAGCCCGCUGCGGGUCAAUACAAUAAUCUUCGGUGGCAUUGCGUUGGUGUCGCUCAUCAUCACGAUCGUGGCGGCCGUCGUGUACUGCAUGAAGAUCGCGAUGACCAUUUCCAACCAGCAGACGGAAAUGCGGUCGUUGUGCGAGCACCUCAACGGCGCCGACAUUGGAACCGGAACCGGAACCCAGACCGAUAGCAGAGAUGACGUCGAGUCGUCUAUGCCGCCGACCAAAGACAGAUCAUAGGAAAAUAAUAUCAAUUAUUAAUAUCAUCAUGCACGCCAUUCAUGAUGAAAUGGGUCACUUAUUCCCGUCAUUCUAUAUAUUAGGUACCUAUAUGUCAUGUAUAUAGGUAAUGCGUAGGUAAGAUGCGUGCGAGUUAAGUAUAUAGGUAUGAUAUUGGUAACCUUGCAUGAUCCCCGUCCAUAUCGUCGAUAACCAAAUAUUAAAUAUUAAAUAACAAAAAUCACUUCUGACUGUAAUUUAUAUACCUCCUACAAUCUACUAUUAGAUAUAUAUCGGAUAUAAUAUUAUAUGUAAAUAUAAUAAUUAUGUGAGUAGGUACUUAUAGGCAUGUAACAUAUUAACAUGAUUAUUAUUUAUUACGUAGGUACCUAUAAGCUGCAGCCUGCAAGGAUCGCCGCUGUAUAGAUAUAUUUAUGUAUAUUAUGAUAUAAUAUAAUAUGUUCUAAUGUUCUAUACUUCCAUAUAUUAUUAUUAUUAUUAUUAUGGAUUUUCAUAAUGUUCGUAAAAAGUAAAAAAUAAUAUUUUUAACGAUAUAAUAAUAUGAUGCGCAAUACCUCAUAUUUCGGGCAAACUGCGGAGUUAAUAUAAUUAUGCAGAAUUAAAUCUAUUGAUUGUUGUACAUAAUAUAUUUUAAUUUUAAUUUUGAAUAAUUAUUAUUGUUGGUGAUGGAUAAAUUAAACAAUGUUGAUACGA